CGGAGUGGAGGUAGGGCCUGUGGUAACGGCCGGUGGCGACGCUGUUUUUUCUGUCAAACGGGGUCAACCCAUGCCUUCUUACCGCCUAGAACAUGUCUCAUCUACUGUUUGGAUUUCCAAGCGUGGUGUGUCUGCUUUUCUGGAGUCUGCCGUUGGUCGUCAGCGGGUUCAACCUCGAUACAGACCGGGCUGCCGUGCGCAGUGGGCCCGAAGGAAGUUUCUUCGGUUUCUCGGUGGCGAUGCACAGAACACCCGAGGGACGGAAAGUCCUGCUGGUGGGAGCCCCCCGCGCGAACUGGACCCACGCCCCUGACCUGGAGCGGCCUGGCGCGCUGUACCAGUGUCCGCUGGACGAACACAACUGCAGCCAAGUCGUGGUGGACACAGAAGGCUCCCGCACUGGCACCAAGCGGAUGGUGGAGAUCAAGUACAGGGACAACAAGAACAACAUGUGGCUGGGCGCUACCGUCCGGACCCACCAGGGCAGAGUGGUGGUUUGUGGCCCGAUGUGGAAAAACGCUUACUUCCGCCGCUACACCAUUCUCAACGGGAUUUGUUACGAGAUGGACGCCAGUCUUGAAACGGAUACGGUACAAAAACGGAUGCCUUGUCUCGGGGACCAGCCCACAACCGUUAGCCACCCCCUGGGGCACCAGAUUAACGAGGGUGGGGACUACACCUACGGGAAGUGCCAGGCAGGACUAGCCGCGGUCUACACACAAAAUGGUUCACAGCUUGUACUAGGAGCGCCUGGUGGCUAUGACUGGACAGGCACAUUGUCCACAUAUACGGGCAGCUACCAGACUGUGGGCCACCCAGAAACAUGGGACCCCUGGCCCGAAGGCGGUGCAGUGAAACAGCCACAUGACAGCUACAUCGGCUUCUCACUGGCUGCUGGUAAGUUCUUUGGGGACGGUGUGGAGUACAUCGCGGCAGGUGCACCCCGGCAUCAGCACCGCGGGGCAGUCGUGUUCUUCCAGGAGACCGAAGGAAGCAGCGGUGCCUUAGAACCUACAAACACCCUCAAGGGGACUCAGUUGGCCUCAGGGUUUGGCUACAGCAUGGUGGCACUGGACCUCAUCAAGGAUGGGGUGACAGAUCUUCUUGUAGGAGCUCCUGUUUACAUGGACAAGGGAGUGGGUGGUGCUGUGUAUUUGUACAGCACAAGAGAUAAGUCCCCUCUACAGCUGAUGACCAUGCUGACUGGACCACCUGCCUCACAGUUUGGACUGUCCUUAUCAUCAGCAGGGGAUCUCAAUGGGGAUGGCUUCACAGACAUUGCUGUUGGGGCCCCAAAUGAGGGAGGCGGUGCAGUUUACAUUUACCAUGGCAGCAGGAAUGGACUAAACAAUCACUAUGCACAGAGAAUCAGUGCUGAAGAAGUUGGUCUGCCCAACCUGUCCAGCUUUGGUUGGUCGUUGUUGGGUGAUGUGGAUGUUGAUGACAACAGAUGGCCUGACCUUAUAGUGGGAUCUUAUGGAACUGACUCUGUGCACAUCCUACAGUCUCGUCCCCUGGUUCCGUAUCAAGUGAACGCAUCCUUGUCACUGGAUCCACCUACACCUGAUCCUGACGUCAGAUGUGACUUGGGCGGCAAAAACUACACCUGCCUGAAGUUGAAGCUGGAGUUUCUGUACUCAGGACCAGGAGCAGCAGACAGCUAUGUGGAUCUUGACUACACCGUGGAGGCUGACAGUCCCCGGGACCAGCUGGGCCUGGAGAGGAGACUGUUCUUCCCUAACCAGUCCUCCACAUACAAGGCACAGGCACCUCUCAGGGUCUACCUCAAACAUGUCAAGUCCAAGACCAUCACAGUAUACGUCAAGGAUAAGUUUGAAGACAUCACUGCCCGAGUUCCCAUCAUCUUGGAGUUCUCUAUAUUCCGUGCCCGUCGAAGGUCACAGUUCCCGCCUGUAGAGGACAGCGGUGUUCUACCAGCAGUGGACGACUACCCUCUGCUCCAGAGCAACACUGCUCACAUAUAUGUGAAUCUUACAGGUGGCUGCAUGUGUAGAAACGUACGGAUCAAGAAGUCAGAUGACUGUUUCCACUGUCCAGGAGAGAGGAGCACCCUGCAGUUUAUAGAGGACCAGUCGUUGACCCCACCUGGUGCCCAGCAAGGUGACAUUGUCCGCAUGCAGCCUCAACGGGUCGCACUUGACCUUCGACCAGGCAGUCGAGUGUCGUUUGACCUCCAGGUGAGGAGACUAGAAGACUACCCCAUUGACCUGUACUACCUGUUAGACAUGUCCAAGUCCAUGCAGGAGUUCAGAGAUGAGCUGACCAAGCUGGGCAAACAUCUCGCCCGCAAGUUAUCUGAGAAGACGGAAAGCUUCCGCCUUGGACUGGGGGCAUUUGUGGAGAAACCAGUGGAUCCAUUCGCAUUCACUGCAUUCUACUUUGACAAGAAGAAAGGCCAGAUGGUUUACAAACUGGAGGAGCCAUGUGCAGGCUGUGUCGGGCCGUACAUCUUUAAGAACGUCCUGCCACUGACCAACCAGACUGACCGUCUGGGGGAGGUGGUCAGGUUCCAGAAGAACUCCAGUAAUGCUGACCUUCCCGAGGGUGUUCUGGAUGGGAUGCUGCAGGCUACUGUGUGCCAGGGACCAAUAGGGUGGAGAAAGCAGGCUACAAGGCUCCUCCUGGUGGCCACAGAUGCAGGGUUCCACUAUGCAGGGGACGGGAAACUAGCUGGGCUGGUCACACCGAAUGACGGGCGAUGUCAUGUGGGGUCAGACGGAAACUUCAUCAAGGAUGCAGUUAACCAGGAUUUCCCCUCAGUGGCCCAGCUGAAGGGACUGCUGGAGGAACACAACACCAUGAGCAUUUUUGCUGUCACCCAGAGGAGUCUGCACAUCUAUGAGGAACUCAGCCAGCUGCUAGAGGGCUCUACUGCAAAGCUGCUGGCCAACGAUUCCUCCAACCUUCUGGACCUGGUUAGCGAUGCAUAUGAGGAGCUGACUUCCAGGAUUCGCCUUCUCACCAAGAAUGUACCACAAGGGGUGGACCUGUCAAUCACUGCCAAGUGUCCCCAUCAACCUAACGGUACCGCCUCCUCCGAGUGCCACCCUGUCCUACUGGGAGAGACAGUAACAUUUACAAUAACAGCAGAGGUGGACCCAUCCAAAUGUCUGUCUGCACCGGAGGUCUCCACAGUAACCAUACAGCCUGUGGGGUACAAUGAGUACCUGACUAUUGACUUACAUAUCUCCUGUACCACCUGUCUAUGUCAGUCUCCAGAAAAGCCGUGCAGCUGUGAGGCCACCUCAGCCCACAGCGGUGAGUCGGCUAUCCUGGCCUGGCUGUCGGAGUAUUACUGGGUGGCUGCGGUGCUGGGGGCCAUGCUGCUGGUCACCGCGGUGCUCGUGUUCACGCUGCUGGGCAUGAGGUGUCGGGACAAGCAGCCGCGCAUGGACGAGGCCAUGGCACUGGCCAAUGAGAUCGAGAUGAAUGGUCACGUGACCACAACAUACUCCCGGCAACAGCAAGGUGGCCUAGAAGGAACCCAAGCAAAUGAGUAUGUCCCAGAAGGAGCGUUUGCUACUGCAUCCCCGAGUACACCCUUGGAACUGGAGGAGACCAUCCCCCUGUUUCUACAAGACAUCCUCAUUGACAGGGAGAGGGUGUUUCUGGAAGCUGUCAUUGGCAAGGGCUUCUUUGGACUGGUCUUCAAAGGAAAACUGAAGUCAGGUGAAGGGAAGGAUGAGAUGGACGUAGCAGUCAAGACUCUAAAACAUGCGUCUAACUCUGAUGAGCUGGAGGCAUUCCUGGGUGAGGGGAUCAUGAUGAAGGACUUUAACCACCCCAACGUGCUGACUCUGAUCGGGGUGUGCAUGGCUGCGGACGAGCCUCCCCUGGUCAUCCUGCCCUUCAUGGCACACGGCGACCUCGCCACCUUCCUCAGGGACCCAGACAAGACCCUGACCCGACGGGACCUGCUCACAUUUGGGAGAGACAUUGCCCGAGGAAUGGCGUACCUAAGUGACCUUAAGUUUGUGCAUCGAGACUUGGCUGCAAGGAACUGCAUGUUGGAUGACACCCUGACAGUAAAAGUGGCAGACUUCGGCCUGUCCCGUGACAUUUACGAGCGUGAGUACUACAGCAGUGGGGACAAGCGAGCCAAGCUGCCCGUCAAGUGGAUGGCCAUCGAGAGCCUGACUGAUGGAAUCUACUCCACCAAAACUGAUGUGUGGUCAUAUGGAGUGGUUCUGUGGGAGAUCUGGACACGAGGAGUGAUCCCGUACCCUGAUGUGGACAACAUGGACGUGACGGAGUACCUACUGCAGGGUCGCAGGCUGCGCAAACCCAGGCACUGCCAGGAAGCAUUGUAUCAGACCAUGCUGCGCUGCUGGUCAUCAGAGCCAGAAGACCGUCCAACGUUCUCCGAGCUGGUGGCCGAGAUGGAGGCCAUCUUGUCUCGCACCUCCAGCGACCUGACCCCUGAUGACCAUGUCUUGAUGCAGCAGCCGGCCGUCUACGUCAACAUCCCCAACGGAAGAACAAACUCCUUGUGGUGACAUGCUCGGUUCAUUGAGGAAUGUAAGGGUAAAAAAACAGCAAAGACAUUUGCACAAACAGUGUCAUGCAAUAUCACCAGACUGCCAUGUUUCAAAUGAAUACUACUCCUAAUGAGGUAUGAAAUAGUACAUGUAGUCAUGUAAGAUAUCCGAAAAGAAUUCACUGUAAAUACAGUCUGGGGAUUGUAUAAUCUUUUCCAACAAAUGUGUGUUAGCAGUUUUUAAAAAUAUGAAGAAGACAGGUUUUGUAUUUCAGGUCUCUGACUUUUUCCAUAAGAACUUCUCACUCAAUCAAGGGAAUAGGUAGUCCCAAACUUCUCCCAGCAUGUGCCUUUGUAAAGAACAUGCCUUGUACAUGUACAUGAAAAAUAUUAUGUAGUAUGAUAUAGCUAUAUAAGCUGAUUCCAGACCAGAGGUACAUGUAAAUGUGUCUUGUAAAACCUCUUCACAAACACUCUGCAAAAUGUAGCAUUUUCAGGAUGUUUCUAGACCCUUGUUAAUGCAAGAAGUGAAGAAGUGUCCUGAGUCAGCUUUGUUUUUUCUGGUAAGAUUUUUAGCAAGUGCUUCCAAGAGGCAACUAGAUUAGCCUUUACCAAUACUUUGUGUACAACACAAAUAUUAAUGAUACUUAUCCUGAUGAAAACAUAGUUAUAGAGUCGGCAGUUGUGAUUCUGUAUAUGCCAUGCAAAAAAUAGAGUAGUGCAAUUAUAAGUUGCUUCAACUGAAAAUAAUCUUUACAAACAGAAAUAAUACACAAUGUAGUGUGUUCUGCAUUAGACAGAAUAGCUUUUGUAACUAUGAAAUGUAUUUGCUCAUUAAAGGUUGACUGAUGUGAGGUUAUGAAUGCAAUAUACAUAAAGUUGAUUACAAAUCACACAGUGCCUUACUAUAUAAUGUGUAUAAAAAUCUGACAGGUACAAUGUGUAUGACACAGUACACUGUGCAAAUCAUAGUAUAUUUCACUUUCAAGACAUGAUGAUAUGACAAAUUAACAAACUCAUAAUGAUAAUGGUAUACAUACGAUGUUGUACACUGUACCUUUGAUAUCCUCUAAACAUGAUCUGGGCAAUGUAAAUGCAGAAUUAUUUUUUGAUAGAAGGGCAGUGGAAAUGAAAACAUAUACAUUUUCCUGUAUGAAAAUAGGGACAUUCAAGUCCCUGUUCUAUUUUCUAUUGCCUGAGAAACAA